AUGGCGGACAUUGGUUUAUCAUCAGUGGGCAGUGUUGACCUUAAGGAACAACUCGUUGCAGAGCCCAACUUCCCCCCAUUGCCUGGCUUCCUGCCCCUGAAGCCGUGUUUCUACCAGGACUUUGAGGAGAUUCCCGAGCAGCACCGUUCUCUGUGCAAGAAAAUGUACCACCUGUGGAUCUUGAACAGUGCUACGCUUGUUGUGAAUCUGGUUGGCUGCUUUGUGUGGAUGUUUGGUGGAGGUGGCGUGACCAACUUUGGCUUGGCUAUCAUCUGGCUACUGAUGUUCACUCCCUGCUCCUACGUCUGUUGGUUCAGACCCAUCUACAAAGCCUUCAAGACUGACAGUUCCUUCAACUUCAUGGCGUUCUUCUUCGUGUUCAUGGCUCAAGUCGGCAUCAGUAUCAUCCAGAGCAUCGGCAUCCCUGGAUGGGGAGUAUGUGGUUGGCUGGCCACCAUCUCAUUCUUCAGUUAUAAUAUUUUGAUAGCUUUGAUCAUGCUGGUCCCCACCAUCAUGUUCACUGCUGUGGCCUCGCUGUCCUUCAUUGCCCUCACCAAGAUUCAUAACUUGUACCGUGGUAGUGGCGGCAGCAUGUCCAAGGCCCAGGAGGAAUGGGCCACGGGAGCUUGGAAGAACCCUCAUGUCCAGGCAGCCGCCCAGCAGGCCGCUAUGGGGGCUGCCGCUGGAGCCAUGCAGGAUCAGUACUCGAGUCCGCAGAACAAUGAAAACCAGAUGUAG